UCAAUUUCACAUCCCGAUGCGAUAUUGACGUGAAUAGUGAGAAGUUAUGAACAACAGCUUCUGCUUUAACGCUGUUCUUUGCCACAAUUCUUCUUGACGUGCUGCACUAAUAAACAUGUACUUAAGAGUUUUAAUGCAUUAAAUCAUAUUUCAUUAUUGUGCUACUUUAUCAUAUAGUUUCUGAAAUAUAUGCACAAUUUUCUAUGGGUUGAGAUGUGAUUAGAUGAAUGUAUAUAGGUUUUUUUUUAUUCCAACCGUAUAUACCAAUUAAACUAUUUUUCCCCCUAGUUUUUGUGUUAGGAAAAUUGUUAGUUGGUUGGCAUCAAAACUGAAAAGCAAAGAAACACUGCACUUUUAGGCUGGAAAAGAAAAAUUGAAACCAUACCAUAAAACCUUCCCUAAAAGAAAUUAAUAAUUCAGGGACCACUAUUUCAAUAAAAUUCAAAACAAUAAUAGGAAAAUAAAAAAUAUAUAUAUAUAAAAAAGAAGAGGGAAGAAAACAAAACUAUAUACUAAAAUAGAUUAAAAAGACAAAACAUAGUUCACUGGUUUUCUUCCUUUUCUGUGUGUGGAUCAUUUCAAAGCUCUCUGCUUUUUGCUGAGACAAACCCUUUCUUCAUCAUCAUCAUCAUCUUCUUCCCUAAAAUGGGUUCAUCUCAAAGAUUAUUCAACAGAAAAAGAACUCUUCAUGAGAUCCUUGGAAGUGGUCAAGUUGCAGACUUGAUACUAUGGAGAAGGAAGAAUCAAACUGUGAUGAUCUUGUUGGUUACAUUAGCUGCUUUUGUUGUGUUUGAGAGAUCUGGUUAUACUCUUUUGUCUCUUGUUUCUAAUGUUCUUCUCCUUCUUGUUGUUAUUCUUUUUCUUUGGGCUAAAUCUGCAGCAAUUCUUAAUAGACCUGCUCCACCUCUACCACAGUUGCAUCUGUCAGAUGAAAUGACAAAUGAAAUGGCAGCUUUCAUCCAAACCAAAGUUAAUAAUCUGUUUUCAGUUUCUCAAGAUAUUGCCCUUGGUAAGGACUCAAGGCUGUUUCUGAAAGUAGCUGUAUACCUCUGGUUAAUUGCUGUUGUUGGUGGCUUGACUGAUUUUCUUACCUUGGCAUACACUGGUCUCUUUAUUCUUCUUACUAUACCAGCACUCUAUGAAAGAUAUGAAGAUUACAUUGAUACAUUUGUUUUGAAGUGCUACAACAAAUUAUGCCAAUUGUAUAGGAAAAUAAAUGAGAAAUAUAUCAGCAGAGUCCAAAACUGGAUUCUGGAGAAGAAAAAGCUGAGCUGAGUUUGUAUUUUCAUAUUGAUUUUGGUAAAUUUCUUUAAUUACUCUUUUGAAACAUUUCUUACUAUGAUCAUUGGUGUCAUAGUCAGAUUGUGGUUGUGUGUAUAGGGAUCUUCUCCCAAUUAAAAUUUUGUUUAUUUUUCAUUUUUCCAACUCCAAUGGUUAACCUCUUUUUGGUACA